UUUAUGGCUCCGGCGCUGCAGAGCCCGCACGCACAGUCCAUGACUACUCCGUGCGUGCGUGCGGAUUGACUCGCGCGCGCACACAAACGCCACUCCACCCCACCCCCUUCCGUCCGCGUCAGUCCCCCUCGUGCACCGCAGCAGCAGCCAGCGGCAUUCAGCGCCGCUCUCGCUCUGCUUUUCUCGCUUUGCUUUCUUCUCCCUCCUGCUGCUCCCCCCUCGCCGGUCACCACCUCCGGCCUGUCCUCGAGCUAGCCUGCCAGGCGCGACACAGACGCCGGACGCUCGGUGGGUGAUACGAGAUCUGGUGGGCUAGCUGAGCGGAGACGCUCGGCCACCUAUGGGCUGGGCGAGCCGGCGCGGCCUCGCCGCGGCGCUCCUCCUCCACCUCCUCUUCCUCGCCGCUGCCCUCGGUGGGUGCGCCGCGACGAGCCGGAGGAGCGGCAGCAGCGGCGGUAGAGCAGCGCUGGAGCAGUACUCGUGGGAGGACCCUGCGGAGGCGGCGCGGCGGAGGGAGCUGGUGGGCCCGGGCUCGUCGCCGCCGACGUGCCGGAGCCGGUGCGGGCGGUGCCACCCGUGCCGGCCGGUGCACGUGGCCAUCCAGCCCGGCGUCAGCUUCCCGCUCGAGUACUACCCGGAGGCCUGGCGCUGCAAGUGCGGCGACAGGCUCUUCAUGCCAUGACCGCCCGUCCACGGCUCCGUCUGCACAUAUAUGUAUGCCCUGAUGCUGCUCCCGGCUCGGUCCGCCAUUACGGCUGCUUCAGCUCACUCACGGGAGCUAGCUCCUCAAGGCCACGGCUGCCUGCGCGCACAAGGCCAGGAGGUCCAGCACACGCACGGCAACCAGAGGGAUCUAGCUAGAGAAGAAGAAGAAGAAGAAGAGGGAGCGGAGCGCAGAGAGAUCCAUGGAACCAUGGAAAGAAACCAAACAUGGAGGCUUCCUCCUCGAUGUAUGUAAUAACAUUGUUCAGUUCUUGGAGAUUUUAACCAGUGUCUUGUCGUCGCGUCCGAAGAGGUGGAGAGAUGGAUCGAGAUUGUUCGUUCACGCUCUCUCUCUCUGGUUCUUCUCCUUGUCAAGUCGCCAAGCCAACUUCCGGUUUUGAGGAGUGAUUUUCCGACUAAUUUUCGUUAAUCUAUGAUGUAUAUUUCCUCAUGGACAACAUCUUCCUCAUCAUUUUGCUC